AUGGGUGUGAUGGAGAAUUGGGGACUUGUGACAUAUGCCGAGACGUUUUUACUUGUAGAUGAGAAGCUGAGUAGCUAUGAAAUUAAGGCAGAUGCAGCGCGUGCAAUUUGUCACGUACUAUCUAAUCAUUGGUUCGGAAGUUUAGUGACAAUGGCAUGGUGGACUGGAUUAUGGCUUAGUGAAAGAUUCGCACAGUUUGAUGCAGCGCAUCAUAUCUACCCAGAAUUGAAACUGUGGGACACAUUUGUUCAAGAUGUGAUGCUUGGAUCAGCCGAGCACCCGUUUUCAUCUGGUACUUGUAUUCAGUACGAUAGAAGCCUCGUAGUUGGUCAAUUAAAUGAAAACAAAGCUCUGGAAUCACAUUAG